AUGGCUCAGUCGUAUCCUCUUUUUGCCCUCUGGCUUCUUCUCUUAUCAGUUGUAUCUAGCACAGCAAUUCCACUCCGAACAGGGAUCUUCGCCCCUGUCAAGGGUGGUAGUGUGACAACAAGAGCCGAUAAGGUGCCCCUAAGAAUUCUCCCACUCGGCGCAUCGAUUACAUGGGGUGUAAACUCUGCUUCUGGAAAUGGUUACCGUGGGCCUUUACGGGGUAAACUCACCUCAUCCGGCUGGGAAGUCGAUAUGGUCGGAACUAAACACCACGGUACCAUGAAAGACGAUAAUGUCGAGGCGCAUUCCGGCGACACCAUCGAUCAGGUCAAGGCAGCGGCCCAGGGAUCCCUCAAAUAUAAACCGAAUGUGGUUUUGAUCAAUGCGGGAACCAACGAUUGCAGACGCAACAUUAGCAUCCCAGGCGCUGGCGAGCAUGGUGUCCGCAUCGUGUUGGCUGAUAUGGACCCUGAGACAGACGAUGAUAACAACCGGCUCUCAUACCCCAAGGACUAUACCACGAAUGGAGUCGCAGACGACACCCACCCAAAUGAGCAGGGCUAUGCCAAGAUGGCUAAUGUUUGGUACAAGGCGAUUUUGGAAGCAUCUGAUAGAGGUUUCAUUCACUAG